UCAACUUUAUUCAACGCCUCCGAAUUUUAACGACGACGGCUUCGAGCUUUGCCAACGUCAUAACUCUCGCUCAUCUGCUGUCAUCGCGCUGUCACUGAGCUCUCCCGCUUUGACUUCAAUUUCCUUCCUUUUCAACGUGGGUUUCUAGCCGAGCAGAAGUAAAUCUUAUACAUAAUAAAAUUUUACAUAAAUUUAUCGCAAAAUAUAUUUGUAACCGAAUGCCUUGCUUUAUGCAAAGCCAAACACAAGUAUUUUAGCGCUUAUUCGUACAAACAUAUACGUGUCGCUGAAAAUAUUGUUUUAUUGGCAUUCGCUUUUACAUUUCUAAAAUACUUUGGCGAAGACCAUCUGCUCAGAAGCACGUUGCAAGUUUGAUAAACCAGAGAAUCUCCGAAAAUCCGGAAUUACUAAUUAUUGCAAUUGAGCGCCUAACACGAGACACGUGUUCCGAAUUAACCUCAAACCCUCUAAUGAGUGUCCGUGAAGCAGGCGAAACAUCUUCUGGCUCAUCAAAGGUCACCAGCAUGCACUCUGCUGGUGUGGCUACCGAAGUAGCUACUUCCACUUCUGCCACCGUUACGGGUGCAAUAAUUGGCAUACCCGCUUCUACUGGUGACACGGUAUUCGCUACUGGGAGCGCGCCGACUGAAGCAUUCGCGCCACCACUUGCCCCCACAACGACGGUUGGAUUUAUAGCUAAUGGAACAAAGGGUGCUAUUUUCGCAUCGACUCCUCGUCAGACUGAGGAUGGCCUGGGAACGAUCGUUACCUCGCCUCUUCGCACCCGCUCGGGGAUCUUACGUACUGAGAAGCCACGCAAGCGUGCACGCACAUUACGCACAACUGCGCCAACAAUCGCUCCGAUUGGUGAAGAGAGACCACAGGUAACUUGGUGCCCAAUGACGUACCCCUCAGCAACACGUGGAGUUGGUGGUUUAAAUCCAUUGCCGGAUAUUCAUGUAGAAUUGGAUGGACUUAAUAUACAUAACCGUAACAUUUCACAACACGUGCCCUUUAAUAUAAAUGCAUCAUCGAGCCUUGCAUCUGCUCCAUAUAGUAUUGCAACAAACAACGCUAGAUUUUCAUUGGGUUUAGCUGGGGUUGGCGACGACGCUGCGUAUAUGAGGGCUCAAUAUUCUUGGGCAGGUGGAGUCGGUGGUCUUAGUUCCUCCACGCAUAAUAGCGCUUACUUACCGGGUAUAGGUCGACAUAAUACGGGAGGUACUUUUUCAAACGCAGACUUGAAUAGGAACGUGGGGGCGUUUAAUAGCACGGCAUCCGUGAUGUCUGCUUACGUCAACAACUUUGCAAGUCCUACUAAUGCGUCACAAAAUCCUCUGACACGCUCGUCCUUUGCAGAUAUAACUCUGUCGUCCUCACAGGUUGCUACGCGCCAAGUAAUGUUGAAGGACCUACCGUUUUUUUCUGGUAAUCCUGAAGAGUGGCCCGUCUUUAUCACGAAUUUUGAACAGUCUACGGAAAGAUGUGGUUUCACUGACCAGGAAAACCUUAUACGUUUGCAAAAGUGCCUCAAGGGCCCGGCACUCGAAGCCGUGCGGGGAAAAUUGAUGAUGCCUAGUACGGUAUCGCUUGCCAUCGAAACGUUGCGGAUGCUUUACGGGCGACCUGAUGUUAUACAUCAUACCUUGCAACGGAAAUUGAGACAGCAUCCGAUUGUGAAAAUGGAAAAGAUGGAUACUUUAAUAAACUUUGCUCUGGCGGUGCAGAAUUACCGCGCGACAAUGCAAGCGAUUGGGCUCAGCGAUUAUUUGAACGAUCCGAUGUUGAUAAACAAGCUCUUGACAAAAUUGCCAUGUGAUCUAAAAUUAGAUUGGGGUAGAUUUAGGAUGACGCGCUUAAGAGUGGACCUGAUGGUAUUCGACGAAUGGCUAUUUAGCUUAGCAACGUGUGCUAGCCAAGUAACUCCGCUAGGCUAUGCCCCUACUCAAGCCGAACUGAAAAGUAGCCACAGACGUAGUGGGGAGAGAUUAAUGGUACACGAGGUCGUCGAUAAGGAAAAGCAAGAGAUGCACGAUGGCGAUUUGUCCGUGAUUCCAAACUAUGCAUUUGUUGUUUCAAGCGACACUUCGUACGCCGAUGUAACUCGAGAAAGCUGUGUGGUAUAG